GCAGGCCGAGACCUGGGGACCAGGUCUUCAGAAGCUGCCUGAGUGGAAAUGGGGAGCAUGAGGGUGGGGUGGUCGGGUUGGUGGCUCUGAACGAGGAGGGUGCUCAGGCACCACUGAGCCCUGGAAGCGAGCGUGAGGGAGCGGGUUCUCUGCGGGGGCCCUUGGGCCCUGGUGCUGGGCACUUCCUGCAUAUCCUCUUCUCCCCACUUAGGUUAUACCAGGGAGCCUUAAGGCCCCCAAAUUCCAGCACAGUCCUUGGUGUGUGAACUGGAGUCACGAUGGCUGCCAGCUGGGGGCAUUUCUGGUUAUAGCCCUCGCAGGCUGGGGUCCUGACGGCUGCCCCCUUUACCCUGGGGUUCCCGUGCUUAGCUUAUUCUGCCCAUAUCUGGGGACCAGGGCGGGUGCGGCCCUGGUGAAUCGAACGUCAGACUUUCCAGAAGGGUUGGGGCUUCACAUACGUGGUCUCAGAGACCCUGAGUGAGGGUAGCAGAAGAGUCAGAUUCAGUGUUCUAGGAAUCUGCGUUCGCUGCAGCCAAGACCCAGGGAAUGCGUGGCUUUUUCUCACUUCACAUCGACUUUAUUAUUUAUUUGAUAACAAAAGGAUGUCCUGGUGGUCGUAAGACCAGUAGCAGAGAAGCUUCUAAAGAAAAGCCUUUUCGUUUUCUCUCCAGUUGAAGCCCCUGGGGUGGAUGUCACCCCUCUUGCUCUCUGGCGGGGGGCAUCCUGAGUCUACCUCAGCCCGCUGGGUCCCCCGUGUGGGGCUCACAGGCUGACACUCUGCUUCCCUCUGGCAAACGUAGCUCCCUGGCCGUAGUGGUGCUUCCUUCUGUAGAACUUCUCCCGAAGGGACUUUCAGGUGGGAGCAUUUUAAUAAUAAAAUUUUAUCAGCUGGAAACUAGUUUUGAGGAGGUGAGUUUGUCUUUUGUUGUGCUCGUGGAAAACUGUGUGUGUUGUGUAAUAACGUGAGCAACGCUGGAGCCGAGGGAGCCAGCGACAUGGAGAUGCGACCGGAUCCCAGGUCCCCAGUGCUCCCCCUGGUGCUCGCUCGUUUCCUUCCUGUGAAGGUGCACGGAGCAUCAGAAAAAAGGCUCUCCCUUCGGUUUGGUUUGGUUUGGGUUCGGCGUGGCUUGCCUCCCAGUUAAUGCCGAGUGUCUGGACUGCACCUGCCGCAUCUUUCUGGCGUCCUGCCCGGAGACGGACAUUAUUAAUGGGGUGUUUUGGUCACUGAUAAAAAUGAGAGCCUCCAAGAUCUCUUCCUAUAUUUCGGGAACCUCCUCGCCAACAUGAUGCAGAGGUCCCUCAACUGAUCCAGCCACCCCCAGUGGACAAGGAUUGACUCGGUCUGCAGGUUUUUUGGUUCUCCUGACGGUGCCGACAUGAACUAUAAUGACGCAGCUUUCCCGUGCUUUUGUCACCUACGUUCCAGGGUGGCUGGAAUUUAAAACGUGUCUGUUAGCUUUCCACAGUGUGCUGAUUCACAUAUUCUUACCUUUAUUUUUAAAAUAAUUGCACGUGGAGGCUUGGAGCAGAAAACUUCCAAAAAGAACAGUACUAAACAUGAUUCUAGGCGCGGAGCGCCGUGUAGUGCCCUGAAGUGGGGACCCGCUCAGAAGCUGGCAAGACAGAGCCUUCUCGAUGGGGGGCAUGAGAAGGGACUCGGGGGCCCGUGGAAAGUGCUCCCGCUGGGCUGAGAGAACUUGGAGCAGCAAAAGAAAUAGGAUAGCACUGGCUUAUAUGCAGAGAUCAUGAUCAGUGAGUUCACACGGAGGUCGACGGUAAGUGGUGGGAACAGACGGAUCUGAACGGACUUCCAGGCGGUUUCUGUAGAUGCUGUGCCUCCAGGGAGGGGGCGCACCCCCCCUUACGUGUGGGCUGCAAAGUGACUUCCUUCCGAAGGAGACAGUAUAAGAAGUGGGGAAGCAACUUUUCUGUGAAGAAAUCUGACACGUUAUGUGAGGUGAUAAAGGUCAAUGUCAACCCUGUAACUCCUGUUGGCAGGAAGUGCCCUUUACAGGUGAUGAGGGUGCUGUCCCAGUUGGUCCAUGGUUGUGACAAAUGUACUAUACUGGGAUGUUACAGGGGAGAGUAGGUUUGGGUUGUAGGGGAACUCUCUUCUCUCUUUGCAGCUUCCGGUAAACCUACUAUAAAAUUUAACCUUAAAAUACAAAGUGUUCUCAUCGACCCUUCACGUGGGUUCCUGUGACACUUCCUGCGCACUCCCUCCUUCUCCCCUUCCGUGUUCACAUAUCCUACCCGAAGCGAGAACAUUGUCUUGCAUGACCACAGUUCAGUUUUCCGGGUCAGGAGGCAAAUACUGAAACAACCCUCUCCUCGAAGAUCCUUAUCAAAUUUGACUAAUGGUCCCACUCCUGUCCUUGUACACGAGGGAACAGUCACUUGGCUGAUGACUCCUGUUGCAUUCGGUUGUCUGAAGCCUACAAGGCACUUAUUUUACAGAAUGUCCCUUAGUUAAGGUUUGUGGCCUGACGUUUCCUCAUGGUUCUAGUCAAGCUACCUUUGAUAGGAAGUCUGAGAAAUGCUGUGCCCUUCUCCCUGCCUCCUGUCAAAGAGGCACAUCAGAUUCUGUCCUGUGACUGGUGAGGACUUCCAACCCUUGCUUACAGUGUCUGUCAGGUGUCGCCACUAUAAAGUUACUUCUUUCCCUUUGAGGUUAGUAUCUUGUAUAGAGAUACUCUGAAAAUGUAGGUAUCUAUGUUUGAUCAAGUGUUGAAGCAAAGGGAACAGCAAACACACAGGCCCUGAGGCCAGCAGGUGCUGGAUGUGUUUGGGGGAAUGGAAAGAGGCCAGGGUGUGUCAAAGGGAACAAGGGAGGGGGAGAACAGAAGGAAAUGGGGUUAGAGAGGUAACAGUAGGCCGAAGGGACCUUGUGGCCAAGGUAAGGAGUUCGGGUGUUACUCUAAGUGUGACAGAAAGUCAUUGGUUUGGCGUCUCACAUUCCUCUGCUCACUUUUAACAGCCUUGCUGACCUCCCAGUGCCUGAAAACAGCAAUCCCUUUCCUAGCUCUGUGUCUUUGCUCACGCCACUCCCACCCCUUGGAAUAUUCUCCCCUCCCUUUCCAUUCCUGGCCCCUUGCCUUUCAGGUUUCACUCCAACAUCACCACCUCAGGCCCUUCCAGGCCACCGUUUCUAAGUUAUGUGCUGCCUGUUCACUUACUCAUCCAACAAAUAUUUCUCGAGUACCUGCCGCGUGCCAAACUCUGUUCUAGGCGCUGGGAAUACAGCAAUCAAACAAAACACCAGACAAGCCUUGCCCUCCUGGGGUUCACAGUCUCAUCAGGAGGGAGACGGUAAAUAUGAUCAGGCAGUAAGUGCUAAGGAGAGAGGUACAAAGAAUGGCGAUGGGAAAUUCUCAGGAUAGCCUUUUUCACAAGGAAGGUAGCAUUUGAGUAAAUACCUUAGAUGAGGGAUCUCUGGAAGAGGAGAAUUUCAGGCAAGGGAAACAGCCAGCUCAAAGGCCCUGAGGUAGAAGUGUGCCUGGUGUGGGUGAGAGUGAGCCAGGGUGCUGGUGUGGCAGGAGACAGCCGAGUUGGGGGGGAAGUUUGGGAGAUGAACUCAAAGGUGUGUGGGGACAGGUGGGAGGGUAAUAAAGGACCUUGUGGACUUUCCAAUUGAGGGAGAUGGGAACCACAAUGGAGUUCUGAAGGGAGGCAGAGUGCGAUCUGACUUGGGUGUGCACAGGAUCCCUUCUGGCUGCUUGGCGUGGGGGGUAACAGACCGAGGGGUAUGGGAACCAGGGAGCCUUGAGGAGGUCUCUGCGCUAGUCCAGGCCUAUUGCUGGUCAUUUGUCUUAGUUUUGAAACAAUACUUAAUUUACAGCCGAGGAAAGGGAGCCUCGGAGGGGCUGUUUCUGCUCGUGCAGUAAGUAGCAGGAAGAGUUUUUGACUCCAGCUGCCUGACUUUAGGUUCGGAGGGGCCAGAGCCAACCUGCAUAGCAUUCGCCAUCACCUCUGCACCUGCCCGAGAGAGGGGGGCUCAGCGCGCAUGCGUGCAGGCACAAUUUAAAGCGCCCGCCGAGGGUCCUUAGCCCCAAGAGGAAGAGGAGCCCUCGGCUUGGUCCCCCGACGCCGGCGUGGAGGAUGCUGGUGAGACGCAGCAGCCAGCGUCCCGCCUCAGGCUUCUCUUCAGCCGCUGACCCCCACCGCUCUCCCUUGCAGAGUCCCGACGCCGCGUCCCCCGACCCUCCGAGUGCCCCAGGCCCCGACAGGAUCCCCGAGGACACGAGCGUGUCUCCAGGACGCCAGGAGAGGCCCCCUGGGCUGUGCGCGCCACCGGGUCUGGAGGAGGCGCUGAGCGCUCUGGGGCUGGAGGGAGAGCGCGAGUACGCCGGGGACAUCUUCGCCGAAGUCAUGGUGUGUCGUGCGCUGCCGCGGAGGGCCCUGCCCCGGACCGUGACCCCAGAGAUGCGCGCGCUAGUGGUGGACUGGCUGAUCCAGGUGCACGAGUACCUGGGCCUGGCGGGGGACACGCUCUACCUGGCGGUGCACCUCCUCGAUUCCUACCUGCGCGCCGGCCGAGUGCGCCUACACCGCCUGCAGCUGCUGGGCGUGGCCUGCCUGUUCGUGGCGUGCAAAAUGGAAGAGUGCGUGCUUCCCGAGUCGGCCUCCCUCUGCCUCCUGGGCGCUGGCUCCUUCUCGCGGGCCGAGCUUCUGCGUGCCGAGCGGCGCAUCCUGAGCCGCUUGGAUUUCCGGCUGCACCACCCGGGCCCGCUACUUUGCCUCGGGCUACUGGCUGCGCUGGCCGGGAGCAGCCCCCAGGUGAUGCUACUUGCCACCUACUUUCUGGAGCUGUCUUUGCUGGAGGCCGAGGCCGCAGGAUGGGAGCCCGGUCGGCGCGCAGCUGCGGCGCUGAGCCUGGCGCACCGCUUGCUCGAAGGGGCGGGCUCCAGCCUCGAGCCUUCGCUUUACAGACCCGCUCCGUCCCUUCCCGAGGUUCCGGCUCUCCACUGGCUCGAGAGAGCCCCUGAACGGUCCUCGGGAACCCCAGUCAACGCGUCUCCUCAGCCUCGCGCCCCCAGCUCCGAGGACAGGUCGUCUUCACCGCUGCCCCUGCCCCCGCCUCAGUUUCUCCAUCUUCCCGCCACAGCCCCGCAGAGCUGCGCCCGCUCGAGCCGUGCAUGGCCCGCGCCGCGCUCCGAGGCCCCGCUCCCGGCCGCGCCGCCAUCUUUCUCAAGUACGCGCGGCCCCAGCGCCACGGCACCAGCCUCGCCGCCGCCCGCCUGCUCCGCCGCCCCCAGUCCGAGCCUCCCUGAGCUCGGGGACCCCAGCAAAAAAGACUGUCCGUGUGUAUCCGUUUCCCACGUCAAUAAAGGAGGUGUGUGGGUUUUUGUUUUGUUUUAAUCCAGA